AUGCUCUCUCAGCACAUACAGUUUCAACCCUCUUCUCUUCGAUCGGAAACCUUCGCCAACGCCUAUACCUCCCCCCGGGGCACCCCUUCACGGCGCCACGGCCGCAAGGCCAGCUACUCAACCACCAAAGAAACACCAUGGCAGCCUGGGUACUCCCACAGCUUCUACGAAGCAACCCCAGACCAUACCAUUCCUUCGCGAAAGCACGAUCAUGUAAGUGCUUCUGUUGCGGGAAAGCCCAAACACCACCGAUACCACUCGAGCGGUCAUCCUACGGGGGAUGGCCUCAGCAACGGAUAUUACCCGUCGCAAUCGCAGACCCGACCCAUCUAUGUAGAUGUGGUCGACGACGCAUUCGAUGUCCCGCGCACCACAGCCCGCGAACCCCGUACCGGUCGCCCCGGCCGUCCCCCGGCCACGAACCCCAAUCGAGAUGGCACUGGCCAACAACGUCGUGCCUCGACCUGUUACCGCAAAUCAAAUCCAGCUGAUUCUCACUUUUACUUCACUCAGGUUCCGAACAGCGAGGAUAUCGAUGCGGCUAGACGCUCCCGUACCAGACGCCAGUCCACAUCAACCCGCACUCCCAGCAAGCCCAAAACCCCACCUGCAUCUGCCAACCCGCCACCCACCGCCACCGAGCUUGACGCCGAGCGCGCAGGGAUCCCCGCAGGCUACUCGAUCAAAAACUGGGAUCCUACCGAGGCACCGAUCAUCCUGCUUGGCAGUGUCUUUGACGCCAACUCCCUCGGCAAGUGGAUCUACGACUGGACCGUCUUUCAUCACGGGGCCUCUUCGCCCAUGGCCGACGUCGCUGGCGACUUGUGGCUCUUGUUGAUCAAGCUGGCGGGCAAAGUAAAGAGGGCCGAUGAAUGCCUCCCUCGCAUCAAACGUGUGGAGGCGCAGGAAGUCGUCGAAGAUUUCCUGGAAAGUGGCGAGCGCCUCUGGUCCCGAUUCAAAAAACUUCUUAAGGGUUGUGAACUUUACAUGUGGAAGGCCGCCAAGCGAGAAGGUGGCAAGGGGCCCGUAUCGAUGGGUCGCAACGCAGGAUGCGAAUUCGUCGAAUCGAUUUUCGGUCGCGACCGUGAGCUUGAAAAUACCGAGAAGUUCAUGAACAGCGUCCGACUCUGGAACAUGCGAUUCGACGCCAACUGCGAAGACAUUUUGCGCCGACCAUCGGCUGCAUAA